UAUAUGCGUGCACACCAUAGCGGAAGCUCCCAGCUGGUGUUUUUAGAUUGUGCAGAUAUGAUAUGAAAACACAGACCGCAGGGAGGUGUCACAGAAGAGAGGACGCACAAUUCAAAUCGUAUGCAGAAAAACAACAGAGCACAGAAGCUCCUCAGAAACAAAUUGAUUGUCUGCAAGUAGUGAAGAGCACAAAUGCUGUCCAAUGCAGGUGCCAGUGAUAAAAGCCAGCAGGCUCCCCUGAUUCCACUGGACACUCUCCGGUCCCUGUCCACAGGUACACUGACGCUUCAUGAGCCACUGAAUUACCGUGCAGGAAAACGAGUCCAGCCAGUGGUGGAGGCAGGAGAGAAGAUAAAAGCUUAUGAACCUGCUACUGGACGUGUGAUCUGUGAAUUCACAAGCUCUGGACAACAGGAAGUGGAUCUAGCCAUCCAGAGUGCUAAGGAAGCCUUUCUGAAAUGGAGAACAUUGUCAGGGAUACAGCGGAGUCGUAUUAUGCUGGAUGCGGCACAGAUUAUAAGGAGUCAAAGGGAUGAGUUGGCACGUUUGGAGUCGAUUAAUAAUGGAAAGCCCUUCUAUGAAGCACAGAUGGAUAUUGAUAUAUCAUGUGAAUGCAUUGAAUAUUACGCUGGUAUGGCUCCUACACUGGCAGGUCAACAUAUUCAGCUUCCAGGUGGGUCAUUUGCCUAUACUAUAAGAGAGCCACUCGGUGUCUGUGUGGGAAUUGGAGCCUGGAAUUAUCCUUUCAUGCUGGCCUGUUGGAAGUGUGCUCCUGCAUUGGCUUGUGGUAAUGCUAUGGUAUUCAAGCCUUCUCCCUUUACGCCAGUAUCAGCAGUCCUACUGGCAGAGAUCUUCACCCAAGCUGGGGCUCCAAAGGGGCUCUUCAAUGUUGUGCAGGGUGGUGCAACAACUGGCGAGUUCUUGUGUAAAAAUCCUGAUAUAGCAAAGAUCUCCUUUACUGGAAGUGUUCCUACAGGAAUCAAGGUUAUGGGAAUGGCUGCACAAAGGAUAAAGCCUGUCACUUUGGAGCUAGGAGGCAAAUCUCCUCUUAUCAUCUUCUCAGAUUGUGAUCUAAGUAAUGCAGUUAAAGGGGCACUUCUGGCAAACUUCCUUAAUCAAGGAGAGGUGUGCUGUAAUGGAACAAGGGUGUUUGUACAAAGAGAUAUUAUGGAUAAGUUUGUGGAAGAGGUGUUGAAAGUCACAAAGACCAUUGAAAUGGGAGACCCUCUUCUGGAAACUACGAGGAUGGGUGGUCUAAUUAACCGACCACACCUGGAAAAAGUGCUUGGCUUUGUUAAAAAGGCAAAAGAAGAGGGAGCAACAGUCCUUUGUGGUGGAGAACCAUAUGUCCCUAAAGAUCCCAAGUUGAAGGAAGGCUUCUUCAUGAAACCAUGCAUUCUAGUGAAUUGUAGGGAUGAUAUGACAUGUGUUAAGGAAGAAAUCUUUGGUCCCGUAAUGUCUGUUUUGCCAUUUGAUACUGAAGAAGAGGUCUUAAAGAGGGCUAAUAACACAACAUAUGGAUUAGCAUCCGGUGUCUUCACUAGAGACGUAGCUCGUGCUCACAGGGUAGCAGCAGCACUUGAAGCAGGAACUUGCUUUAUUAAUACCUAUAAUGCAAGCCCAACCGAAUUACCAUUUGGAGGCUACAAAAUGUCAGGCAUUGGAAGAGAAAACGGACAAGUCACAAUUGAAUAUUAUACACAACUUAAAACAGUUUAUGUUGAGAUGGGAGAUGUGCAAAGCCCAUUUUAGCUACCAUGCAGAUCAGUAAUGUUUUAAAUAUCUGUUGGAAAAGAAAAUUCAUAUUGUUUGGAAUGAAUAAUAAACUGAUAUUGUACACUC